AGAAAGACAGAGAACUUUGAAAUAAGGAAUGAUUGCCAACACCUUACUCUAAUACCUGUGUAGUAACAGCGUAUUCAUGUAAUAUGAAUAGACUGUAAUACGGAUGGUUAGUAAUAUGGAUGGUUACAUAACGAUGCCUGCCACUGACUACCUCUCUACCGCUCCAUACCACGUGAACACUUUAGCUGCCUUGAUCUCCUCUAUUCACUGCACCGUUAGACAACCGCGCGUGAUUUCCAUGGGAACGUCGUCACGCAAAAGGAAAUUACCGGGUUUGCUUGGUCAGUGGGCUUGGUUGGUUGACAGUAAUCUUGCUAUGGCUGCAAAGGGACAAAAGAGGGCUGACCCUACUGAGCUGAAAGCUAUUUUCAUAAAGUAUGCCAGCAUCCAGAAGAACAAUGAGGCCUUCAUGUCUCCAGAGGACUUUGUGGCCCGGUUUCUCUAUGCACACACUGACAUCAGGCUGUCUGACGAGGCCACCUCACUGCUGGCUGGGGUGGUGGACCAGAAGAAAGAUGGGUUGAUCUCCUUCCAGGAGUUUGUGGCCUUUGAGUCGGUCCUCUGUGCCCCAGAUGCUCUCUACGUGGUUGCCUUCCUGCUGUUCGACAAGACGGGCAAAGGAGCAGCCACCUACGAGGAUGUGAAGCAGGUCUUCAGCCAGACCACCAACCAUCAGCACAUCCCCUUUAACUGGGAUUCUGAGUUCAUGCGUCUGCACUUCGGCACGGAGAGGACCAAGCACCUCAGCUAUGGAGAGUUCACCCAGUUCCUCCUGGAGAUGCAGCUGGAACAUGCACGGCAGGCCUUUGUUCAGAGGGACAAGGCCCACAGCGGCUCCAUCUCCGCCCUGGACUUCAGGGACAUCAUGGUCACCAUCCGGCCCCACAUGCUCACACCCUUUGUGGAGGAGAGCCUGGUGGCGGUGGCCGGGGGCAGUACAUCUCACCAGGUCAGUUUCUCCUACUUUAACGGCUUCAACUCUCUCCUCAACAACAUGGAUCUCAUUAGGAAGAUCUACACCACACUGGCUGGGAGCAGUAGAGUCCUGGAAGUCACUAAAGAGGAGUUCAUCAUUGCGGCCCAGAGGUUUGGUCAGGUGACUCCAAUGGAGCUGGACAUCCUGUUCCAACUGGCCGACCUCUCUGAGUCCCGUGGCCGUGUUGGUCUGGUGGACAUUGACAGGAUUGCUCCGUUGGAGGAGGGGGCCCUCCCAUACAACCUGGCCGAGGUCCAGAGACAGCUGUCCGGUGGUGAUCCGUCCCGAUCUGUUCUUAUCCAGGUAGCAGAGUCCGCCUACAGGUUUGGCCUCGGCUCCAUCGCCGGCGCUGUGGGAGCCACAGCAGUGUACCCCAUAGACCUAGUGAAGACCAGGAUGCAGAACCAGAGGACCACAGGCUCCCUGGUGGAAGAGCUCAUGUACAAGAACAGCUUGGACUGCUUCAAGAAGGUGCUGCGCUACGAAGGCUUCUUCGGCCUCUAUAGAGGUCUGGUACCACAGCUACUGGGUGUGGCCCCGGAGAAAGCCAUAAAGCUGACAGUGAAUGACUUUAUCAGAGGGAAGACCAGACAGAGAGAUGGAUCAAUCCCUGUACCUGCUGAGAUCCUGGCUGGUGCAUGUGCGGGUGGAUCCCAGGUGAUCUUCACCAACCCUCUGGAGAUUGUGAAGAUCCGCCUGCAGGUGGCUGGAGAGAUCACCACCGGCCCCCGCGUCAGCGCCAUAUCUGUCAUCAAGGACCUGGGUUUCUUUGGCCUCUACAAGGGAGCCAAAGCCUGUUUCCUGCGAGACAUCCCUUUCUCAGCCAUCUACUUCCCCUGCUAUGCGCACGUCAAGGCCUACAUGAGUGAUGAGGAUGGGAGGAUCGGACCAGGCAAGCUGCUGUUUUCAGGGGCCAUAGCAGGCAUGCCCGCGGCCUCCCUGGUGACCCCCGCCGACGUUAUCAAGACCAGGCUACAAGUGGCGGCCCGUGCCGGCCAGACCACGUACACCGGUCUCGCUGACUGCUUCUGGAAGAUUCUGAAGGAGGAGGGACCACGGGCCUUCUGGAAAGGAGCGGGAGCCCGAGUGUUCCGGUCCUCGCCCCAAUUUGGGGUCACCCUGGUGACCUAUGAACUCCUGCAGAGGUGGUUCUACAUUGACUUUGGCGGACAAAAGCCGUCUGGUUCGGAGCCGACUCCCAAGUCUCGCAUCAGCCUGCCGGCGCCCAGCCCCGACCACAUUGGAGGUUUCAGGUUGGCCGUGGCCACGUUCGCUGGCACCGAGAGCAAAUUUGGACUCCACCUCCCAAGAUACAACGUUCACGUAACCCCCCGGUCCAAGAAGGACGCCCCUUGAAUUGAACCCCCUCUGCCCACACAUAGGGGGCAGAAUAGCACACGUGCAAUCAUUACACCCUCUCCCUCCCACCCCCAGCUAGUCGAGCACUUGGAAUAUUCCACCCGAAAGAGAAGCACAUUGUGAGUAGUAUGAUCUGCCUCUCUAGGCUUUAAAGAUAAAUAUGUGUCUGUUUUAGUUGAUGAGAAUUUUUUAAAGCUAUUAUGAUCUUCAGAAAUGUACCUUUCUACAUCAUGGUCUAGAAACACAAAAACGUUGUUUUAGCUUCUGUUUUAGUCUUAGCUACCCGUAAAGAUUACUUUUUGAGUCAGUCUUAUUGUGAAGAUCAAGUGAUAUCUACAGUACUGACAAUGUGUGUCUAGAGUAGUGUUCCAGUUUGUCUUUUCAUACAGUAAUAUGCACAGUAGUGGAGGGGCUGGCCAUGACUUGAAUUAGACCUGGACUGCUUUCUUUCAUUACAUCAUCACUAAGGCCGGGACUCAUUCAAAAGUGCAUUGUCAACAUGUGCAUUGUCAACAUGUGCAUUGUCAACAUGUGCACUGUCAACAUGUGCAUUGUCAACAUGUGCAUUGUCAACAUGUGCAUUGUCAACAUGUGCAUUGCACUUGCUUUUAAAGGUCAUUUACACUUGAGCCGACAUGUACCGUAUUUACCAUGAAGGCCAUCUCUUUAAAAUACACUUGACAGUUCAAUGUGCUCGUCUACAACGUGCCUUUGAUUGAAUCUUGGUCUAACCAUCACUUUAUAUGAUGGUGCUUUUACUGUCUUCCACCUGAGAGUCUGAUAGAUACCAAACAGAAUGAGCCCUAUCCGCAGGAUGGGGAUAGUAGCACAAGUACGCACAUCCAAAUGACGGUUCUACUGUACAUAUGAAUGACGGUUCUACUGUACAUAUGAAUGACGGUUCUACUGUACAUAUGAAUGACGGUUCUACUGUACAUAUGAGAACGGAACAGACACAUCUGAAUGACGGUUCUACUGUACAUAUGAGAAUGGAACAGAGACACAUCCAAAUGACGGUUCUACUGUACAUAUGAGAACGGAACAGACACAUCUGAAUGACGGUUCUACUGUACAUAUGAGAACGGAACAGAGACACAUCC